GGGGGCGGCGGGGCGCGGAGCCGGAGGUGAGCGCCGGGUGGUCUCGGGGUCCGCGCGUGUGCGCGGUCGUGUUGGAGCGGGGGCGUCGGCGGGGCGGACAGCGCUGUGCCGGGGGACCUGGGGUGAAAGCGGGCUGCUUGGCAGCCCCGUCUCCGUGCUUCUCCCCGGGGCGCUUGGGCGACUUCUCCCCUCUUCACCAGCAGCGGUGCGGGACGGCGGCACCCCACACCAUGGUGGCGGUGCCGUCCCGGAGCAACGCGGCGGGAGGAGGAGGGCUUCCUCCGGGGCUGUCCCCGGGCGGUGCUGCGCGGAGCCCCGCGGGGACCGGGAGCGGCCCAGGGCCGUCCCCGGGGGUCCGGCUCGGGGCUGGGGCCGGGCGGGGGCUGCGGGGCCGCCGGAGAGCCCGUAUUUCUCCUGCCCGGAGAGAGGAGAUUAAGUCGUGUGUAAAAGCGAAACGCGUCGAGACGGGAGGAAUAAAUAAAUGGGACGCGAACUGAACUUCUCCCCCUUCUCAGCCCUCCCGCCGGGGUUUGCGAUUCGCGUUGAACUACAGGAAGGUCGCAGCUCGCCUGUUUUCCUCUUGCGAUGGAAAGAAGUGCGUUUUUUUUUUUUCCCCCCCUUUUCCUGGACCGGGAGCAGCUGCGGGGCUGCGCUGCUCUUCCCUUCCGAGUAAUGCGGCGGGGGAGAUCGGUGCGAGACGGGCGGCUUUGGAGCCGGGCGGUGAGCUCAUUUUCCUGCAGCUCCUGACUGUGCCCUUCCCACGUAAAGGUUUCCAUCCAGCCGGAGAGAUGGGAGCAGGGUUAGAAUCCGUAUAGAAUCGUAGGAUGGGUUGAGUUGGAAGGGUCCUUAAAGCCCUCCCAGCCCCAACCCUUGCCGUGGGUUGGUUGCCCCACGCCAGCUCAGGCUGCCCAGGGCCCAUCCAACCUGGCCUUGAGAACCUCCAGGGAUGGGGCAGCACAGCUCUGUGGGCACGUCCACGGAGGAAGGACGUUAACCAGCACUGCUUUAGCAAGGAGGCGAAGUCACUGCGUGCUGGGAUGGUGCCCGGAGGCAAGACGUGCCCCCCAGCCCUGCCAUCCCAUGGGAAGCAUUGCAAGAGAGCUUCAAGCGUGCCCCAAUGGCCGCUGGGGGUGGCAGCAUUUGGGAUCGCCCCACUGAUUCUCAUUUAUAUCCCUGCAUGAUGGCAGUGCCUGGGGGUCCCGGGGACAGUUCCCGUGCUGCUCAUCGUGGCUCAGUGCCGAGCCCUCCCUCGGCACCAGGUUCUGCUGCAGCUGGAGCAAAACUAUGCGGUGCCAUGCACAGCACCCGGCACUGUGCGCUGGGUCCGGUGUGAUGCUGCUCAGGGCUGAGGCAGGAGGAGGGGAGGAUGUGCCUGCUGCACUGGAAGCCAUCAGAGGGCUGCGAGCUCACGUUCUCACUCAACUUUCUGUUGAAACUUUAUGCAGGCUCCUCAGCUGCGUGCUACAAGCCUACCAGCCCAGGCCAGAUACUGGAGGACACUGGUUUUCUUUAUCAGGACCACCAGUUGUUUGCUGGCAGGCAUGACAUCUCUCCGCUAACAGCUGAAGCAGUCAGUGCUAAAGAAAAAGCUGCCGAGGAAGCCCUCUGCACCUUGCACCCUCCAGCCUUCCUCCGGAGCUCAGAGGUGGAGAUGCGAGGCUCGGAGGAGGUGGCAGCUGGCACGGUCCUGCAGCGCCUGAUCCAGGAGCAGCUGAGGUAUGGCAACCCCAGCGAGAACAUGAACCUGCUGGCCAUCCAGCACCAGGCGACGGGCAGCGCCGGCCCCUCCAACAGCACUGCCAGCACUCUCUCUUCCACAGAAAACCUCGCGCCCGAGGACCCACAAAUGGUCCAGCCAUCGGCACGGCAGGAACCGCAGGGGCAGGAGCACCAGGGGGACGGUGCUGCGAUGGAGAAGCAGCCCCGGGCCACGCAGCCCCCACACAGCAGCGAGGAGCUCCCCACCUACGAGGAGGCCAAGGCCCAGUCGCAGUAUUUCCGGGGACAGCCGCCGGCGGGGCCGGGAUUUUAUGUCGCUGGUACCUCUGGCCAGAAGUCCAGGACGGAGGGGAGGCCGACGGUGAGCCGGGCCAGCAGCGGGCAGGCGCAUAAGGACGAUGCUCUGAAGGAGCUGAAGCAGGGCCACGUGCGCUCGCUGAGCGAGAGGAUCAUGCAGCUCUCACUGGAGAGGAACGGGGCCAAGCAGCACCCGCCUGCCCCAGCAGGCAACAAGGGACUGAAGGCUGCCCCGGCACCCAGCAAGGGCAUGGACCCGCGGGGCCCGCCGCCCGAGUACCCCUACAAGGCCAAGGUGGCGGCGGCGGUGUCCCCCAACAGCAAGGCGCCCGAUCAUGGGCUCUUCUAUGGAGAGCAGCACCCAGCAGGGCCGCAGGAUGUCCUCAAGGCCUCCUAUGUGGCCCCACAGCCCUCCAGGACCGAGGUGGCCGUUGUCCGUUACCAGCCGCCCCCAGAGUAUGGGGUGACCAGCCGACAAUGCCAGCCUCCCUUCCCACCGCCGCCGGCCCAGCAGCACAGCCCCAUGUCCUCACAGGCCUCCUCUGCUGCCGGCCCUCUGCUUCCAGGCUCCUUGCCUCCGCUGCCAGCCCCCUCCUCUGCCCAGCCACCUGUGCCACCGGGCCAGCAGCUGACACCCGACGCCUUCGCCAUCGUGGAGCGGGCGCAGCACAUGGUGGAGAUGCUCUCCGAGGAGAACCACGUGCUGCGGCAGGAGCUGGAGGGGUACUAUGAGAAGGCAGACAAGCUGCAGAAGUUUGAAAUAGAGAUUCAGAGGAUUUCAGAAGCUUAUGAGGGCCUGGUCAAGACCACCACUAAGAGGGAGUCUCUGGACAAAGCGAUGAGAAACAAACUGGAAGGAGAAAUUAGGAGACUUCAUGAUUUCAACAGGGAUCUCCGUGAACGACUGGAGACAGCCAACAGGCAGCUCGCCAGCAGAGACUUUGAUGGGCAUGAGGAUAAGUCAACAGAGGACCUUUAUGUCACUCAGAACAAGGAACACUUGAAGGAGAAGGAGAAGCUGGAGAUGGAACUGGCAGCCAUGCGCUCUGCCAAUGAGGAUCAGCGGAGGCACAUUGAAAUCCUCGACCAGGCCCUAAACAAUGCUCAAGCCAAAGUCAUCAAACUGGAAGAGGAGCUGCGUAGGAAGCAGGCCUAUGUGGAGAAGGUGGAGAAGCUGCAGCAGGCACUGACACAACUUCAGGCUGCCUGUGAGAAGAGGGAGCAGAUGGAGCGGCGGCUGCGCACACGCCUGGAGCGGGAGCUGGACUCGCUGCGCAUGCAGCAGAGGCAGGGCAGCUUCCAGCCAAGCAACCUCCCCGAGCACAAUGCACCGGCACUGAUGGAGCUGGUGCGGGAGAAGGAGGAGCGGAUCCUGGCCCUGGAAGCCGACAUGACCAAGUGGGAGCAGAAGUACCUGGAGGAGAGCACCAUUAGGCACUUUGCCAUGAAUGCUGCAGCCACGGCUGCAACAGAGAGGGACACCUCGGCCCCCAGCCACUCACACAACGGCAGCUAUGGUGAGAGCACGCUGGAGGCGCGGGGCUGGCAGGAGGAGGAGGAGAUCGUGCAGGCCAACCGGCGCUGCCAGGACAUGGAGUACACAAUAAAGAAUCUCCACGCAAAAAUAAUCGAGAAGGAUGCCAUGAUCAAGGUCCUUCAGCAGCGCUCACGGAAGGAUCCCGGCAAAGCCGACAGCGCCAGCCUGCGACCCGCUCGCUCCGUGCCCUCCAUUGCUGCUGCUGCGGGCACACACUCACGCCAGACCUCGCUCACCAGCAACCAGAUCACUGAGGAGAAGAAAGAGGAGAAGAUCUGGAAGGGAAGCAUAGGGCUGCUCCUGGGGAAGGAGCACCACGAGCACCUGCCGGGCCCCGCGCUGCCUCCCCCUCUGCCCUCCUUGUCGUGUGCACCCGUGCUGGCACCAGCAGCCUCCCACGCGAAGACGGGCAGCAAGGACAGCAGCACCCAGACGGACAAAAGCACUGAGCUCUUCUGGCCCGCCACCGCCUCCUUCCCCGGCCGCGGCCGGCUGGGCACCACCCCGACACACAGCCCGGUACCACGGCCCUCGGGGGCACGGCCAGCUGGGGAGAAGCUGGAGAACUCCAGCCACGGAAAGCCGCCCGACAGCAAAGGCAGGGUGAGCAGCUUGCUCCACAAGCCCGAAUUUCCAGACACAGACAUGAUGGAAGUCCUCAUCUGAGCAGAGGGUGGUGUCUGGGCUUUCGUGGGCGUACACCCACGUCUGAGAACAUCGUCGGUGUGCCAACCUUAAAAACUGACUCUCAGAAUUUGAAGAAGGAAGGAGAAAGUUUGUGCCUGAAUUGAAGCUUGAGUCUGCUAUGCAGAGACUUGGGACCAGGCGAGAGAUAAAGAGGACCCAAGAGGAGAGAUGAGAUGUGAUGAGAUGAAUGUUUGGGACUUUCUGAGUGGAAGGAGACUUUGAAAACCGAAGGUGGCCCGAGAAGGUGGGCAUUGAGGAAAUAGGAAACUGCAUUUUCUGGUGGAGAAGGAAGGUAGCUGGGUUACAGACUGGGUGCACAGGGCACUUCUGUUUUGCUGCCUCUGCAGCCAGGACAGGAGCCAAAUCCUGGCACUUCUGAGGCCAGCGGAGCUUCUGACAGUAAUUGGAGAAACGUGCGUCUUCCUCAGUAUUGAUUCCUUUCUCUAAAGUAUUCACUGCUGGAUUUUAGUGAAUUAUUGGUGUGUGGAUGUACACGGCAGGUUCUUUGUAAGUAUUCAAUUGAAGUGGUGUGGUGUGGUUUUCCUGACAUGCAGGUCAGGCACCUCUUCCUGGGCCAGAUGAGUAUUACUCUUGGAGCCGGAUUACAGUGCAGAUAUUCGUGUCUUGUGAACUCCGAGCCUGCUGAGACUUCUGUUUUUUGAUAGGAGCAGUUGUUCAUUGGAAUUUCCACGGAGGAUGAAUGUAAAGGAGGGAGAUUACCCUGCUGAAGCAACCCCUUUUCUAACACUGGGAAAGUUUCAGGAAGAAAAGUCAGAGGAGGAUCCAGCCAGCUCCACCACAGGGCUAUGCAGGGCAGAGACGGAAGAGGUGAGGUGCAUCAGUGCAUCUUCUGCUGCCCCAUCUCAGAGCCAGAUGCAACACAUAGGUUUCAGCAAGUGAGAAUCUGAGCACAAAACUGUAACAGAGUGUAGCCCAAGGAACUCUUCAGGGCUAUUUUCAUGGGAGAGAUGGGAAGGAAACAGAAACCACUGAUGCCUUCUGCAGUUAUUUCAGUGAACUAAGCCAAGCUUGCAUAUGAGGUCAGAAGAUAACUCUUACUGUGCAGCGUCUGCAGGCAGGACAGGAACAGUUCCUUAUUUUCAGUCUCAUAUUCCCUGAGCAAACAGACCUGCCGUUCGGGUUGAUGUGGGACUCUGCAUGAAGAGAUGCAGGACUGAGCCUGGAAGGUUUAACUGCAAAGCAGUGCGUGAGCAUCACCUGUUUUGUGCUGAGCUGCGGGCUCUUCUCAGCCUGCUUCACCCAAGACAAAAUGUUUCUCAUUUUUAGCCAAGCCCUUGGUUUCUGUAGCAGGUGGCACCUGUCUGUAAGACAGCCAGCUCACAGCAGUGUUACUCAUAACAUACCUUCUGCUUCCUGUAUUGCAAAAGCUGGUAGGGAAGGUUUCCUCUCCAGGAUAUUUUUCUGUUUGCUUUUCUCUUCCCAAAUCUUCUAGUGUGCCCUGAUGCCAUCGGGAAGAAUUUAGCUUUGGGAAAAGGGUGGUGGGAUUUUAUGCCAAGUUGUGUAGAGUGGAAAAGCAGUGGGUGCUCCUGUGGCUGGAAGCACGUGUGUGCAGGACCGGCUCGAGGCUCUCCCCUCCUGUAGUCAUCAACAGGAGGGGAAACACUGGGAGAACAUCAGGCGCUGUACCUUCUCCUAUUGCUGAAAACUGAACUCCUCGCAACCCCAAAGGCUGCAGAUGCUGGAGCCCCGUGGCUAAGAGAUACCUUCGUUGUAAAACAAAAUUGCUAUGCUGAGUCCAUGCACUUAUCUGUGUGUGUGUGUGGUCAGACGUGUUGGUGUUGCCUUCCUUCUAGUUUUUGCACUUGUUAAGCGCAGCAGUGCUAGAUAGGUUGUGCCGUCAGGAGAGCCGUGUGUUUUGAGUAUUAGCAGCUUUGCAAACCCAGAUGUGUAAAACCCCUUUGGAGAUGCUGUGCCGCUUAAUAUAUGCCUUGUGAAAUAAUUUUAUUCUCCCUCUGAAGUUAAUUUAAAUGUCGUAAGGAAAGGCCAGGCCUGCAUGUGGCAGUGGCUGGCUGUAUGUGGGCACCUCCCGACCCCACGCGUGCCAGCACUGCCCAGCUGGGACUGGGCCAGGAGGAUGGCAAAGCGAGGGGAUAGCAGGGAAAUGACAGUAAAUACACCAUCAUUUUGCUCCAAGAAAUAAGGAUACCUGGCUGUUUGGGAGUCCCAAAGCACGUCAUUACUGGCUUAUUAUUUCUUCGGAUGGAACUGCUUAAUGACUUCUGUAGAGGCAGGCAGCUGAGCGUGCCACCCAAAGGUGUGCUCACAGCCCACGCCACCCGCAGACCAACCAUGAAUAGUUUGCAUGGAGUGCUGCUGCCUUCCUGCUGGGUUUCCCAGCUCCUGGAACCAAAUGGCAUUUUGGGAAAUGGUGCUCCAGCCGUUCCAGGUGAUGUUGGUAACUCGUUGUAAAAUACUGUCAUUCUGUUAUUGCUGUUGGUUGUAUAGAGGAGUUGGUGUACAGUGUUGUACAGCUGGAGGGUUGUUUGUACAUAGGUGGGUAAAUGAGCAGCGUUACGUGUCACCCACAGCAAAUAUUGAUACUGUUGGUCAGCCAAAGAUUUCCAGUUCUUUGCUGUUUAAACUCGUGCCUUAAUAUUGUAUAUAAUAAAUGUAUAAACACGUUUCUUUCUUCA